CUUCGUUUUGCCCAACUACCGCAGCAGCAGGUUUUGUCUACGUGUGCUUCGGAGACACUGUAGGAAAGCCAAAAUGGGUAUCGAAGAACAAAAGGAGGAACGAGAAGUUCUCGACUCCAUCUUCCCAGACGAAAUUACAGACCUUUCAGAUACAUCCUACCGAAUAUCAAUCACAUUAGACGUUCCAGACGACCAUGGCGAGGCUCCCGAGCCCCCUGUAUUGUUACUCAAUGUUACCUAUCCCGAAGCAUAUCCUGAUGUUGGACCGCACCUCGACAUCACGGCUCCUCCAAAUGCCGCGAAACACCCUCAGUUAGAUAUCCAGGCGGACAAGUCUCAACUAAUAGAUGCGCUACAGCCCACCAUCGAAGAUAGCAUGGGAAUGGCCAUGGUGUUUACACUGGUUACCACCCUCAAAGAGGCCGCGGAGACGUUGAUCUCGGACAGAAUCAGGCAGGUCGAAGCUGCGAAGGAGGUCGAGGCACGAGAGAAGGAAGAGGAGGAGAAUAGAAAAUUCCACGGUGCAUUGGUGACUAGAGAGCGCUUCCUCGAGUGGAGAGAGAAGUUCCGGAAGGAGAUGGAGGAGAAGGAAAGAAGACAAAAGGAAGAGGAGGAGGCAGAAGAUAAAAAGAAACGAGGUGGUAAAGCUGAUGAGAAGAAAUUGACCGGCAGACAACUUUGGGAGAGAGGGCUUGUCGGGAAAGGCGACGAAGAUGACAUCGACGGUGAUGAUGCCGUGGCUGCUGUCGAAAAGCUCAAGGUCGAAGCUUGAAGUCUGGUCGCGAGACUCGACAACCGCAAGAAACUCCGUCGACGACACAGACAUCCGAGCAUUACGAUCUGCAGGAGAGUACUUGGCCUUGAAAAUCUACGUGCCAUUGGUGCCUACGAAGGAUUCAAAGUACCUCUUGCGGAAAGGAUUCAACUCGUCGGCGGUCCCAGACAUACCUUCCAUCCCACGACGAAGUGCUUCAACAUCAACGUCCGUGUCCAAUGCUCCGGGCAAUCUCUCAUACACCAGCAGCCGUCGACUCCAUUUGUUGAAGCGUUGAAUGCAUUCAUGCUUCAGUUCGAGUUGUGGAUGCGUCGGUAUGAGAGUCGAUUCCUCCUCACCCGACUCAUUCUCAUUCGCACUGGGCAUCCAGAACGCCAGCCGACCACGAUCGACUAACGUCCUCGCCGCAAAGUCUAAAAUGUCGUCCAACAUCCGGUUGAAGGAGUAGGGCCGUUUUGGUGCUAUGUAUCCCGGUCUUGUAUGAGCAGAGACGCCAUCGAUCAUGUGUGGGACUGGUGAGGAAGUCGACACUUCAUGCUGAUCGCCGCCGCCGUCUGGGUUCGCCGGGGAGAACGCGGAGGCUUUCCUCGUCCCCAGAACUUUCAACCCCUCUCGAACGCCAUAAGGUGGGUCGCAGAUGAUGCCGUCCAGCCACCGCGUGCCAAACGGUUGUUGUGAUCCUCUUGGGCUGCGGAAUGGGGUGUUUGUCAGAUCCGACGUAAUACAAUCGCCAAACAGGUGUGAAAUGCCGUAUCUAUUGAAAUUCGCUCCGACGCCCUUGUCCAGUCCAAGUCCUUUUCCACGAAAACUCCGACCGUCGAUGUCUGAACCCAACGUCAUGGCUCCCAGUUCAGCUGCAGCAACCAUGAACCCUCCCGUCCCGACAAAGGGAUCUAGAAAAAUCUUGCCAGGGGUAGCCAAGGCCAUGUUUGCCGUCAGCAGAGCCAGCUCCGCGUCCAUUGACGUUGUGGAAAUGUACGGUCUCUUUUUGAGAUCGUGUUUCUCCCUCAGCCAGCGUCUCGACUCGCCGAUUUUGCGACCCAAGAAGAUUUGGUUCGGUUUUGUGUCGACAAGAAUAUUAGCGGCUGGGCCGGAUUGCGCAUUGUUACUAGUGUAUAAUGACGACGGUAGCGACCAUUCUUCCAUCAACGCGAACUCGGCUUGAGGGUUCUUCAUCCG